CUCUGCAGGCUCAGGAGGCGUGAGCCCGGGCAGUAGAAAUUGGUGCUGUUUGGGGAGAGAAAUUCUGAGCUUCCUGGAGUGGUUUUCCCCCUCUCACAAGCCCCUUGCCCCCCAAACUUCCUGUGCGGCUUGGCUCGCGCGGGAAAGAUUUAUGUGUUGGGUGUGGGGAGAGUCCGCGAGGAGGAGGCGGCGGUGGUGGAAGCGGCGGUUGGUGCAGUAUGGGUGUGAUAGGUGUGCAGCUGGUGGUUACCAUGGUGAUGGCUAGUAUUAUACAGAAGAUCAUACCUCACUACUCUCUUGCGCAGUGGCUUCUCUGUAGUGGCAGUUUGCGAUGGUAUCAGCAUCCCACGGAAGAAGAAUUACGCAUUCUUGCAGGGAAGCAACAAAAGGGCAAAGGCAAGAAAGACAGGAAAUAUAAUGGUCACAUUGAAAACAAACCACUAACCAUUCCUAAGGACAUUGAUCUUCAUUUGAAAACCAAAUCUGUUACUGAAAUAGACACUUUAGCAUUGCAUUACUUUCCUGAAUAUCAGUGGUUGGUGGACUUCACAGUUGCAGCUACUAUAGUGUAUUUGGUAACUGAGGCCUACUACAGCUGGAUGAAGCCCUUACAAGAAAUGAAUAUUAGCACUGUCUGGUGCCUGCUUGUUCUGGCUUUCGCAAUCAAAAUAUUGUUCUCAUUGACCUCACACUACUUCAGAGUAGAAGAUGCAGGAGAAAGAUCACUCUGUGUAACAUUCGGCUUCUUUUUCUUUGUUAAAGCAAUGGCAAUUUUAAUAGUAACAGAAAACUAUUUAGAAUUUGGACUUGAAUCAGGCUUCUCAAAUUUUUCAGAAAGUGCUGUGCAAUUUUUUGAGAAACAAGGAUUAGAAUCAAGGGGGCCUGUUUCUAAAUUAACAUUCAAGCUCUUCCUGGCUGUCCUUUGUUCUCUUAUUGGUGCUUUUUUGACAUUCCCUGGAUUGCGACUGGCUCAGAUGCAUCUGGAUGCCUUGAGUUUAGCAUCAGAAAAAAUCACUCAAACUUUGCUGCACAUAAACUUCUUAUCGCCCCUGCUUAUGAUCUUAUUGUGGGUUAAACCUAUUACGAAGGACUAUAUAAUGAAUCCACCAUUGGGAAAAGAAACUGUGCCUUUAAUGUCAGAAGCUACAUUUGAUACUCUAAGGCUGUGGAUCAUAAUUCUCUUGUGUGCACUGCGGUUAGCCAUGAUGCGCAGUCAUCUCCAAGCCUAUCUUAAUUUAGCACAGAAAUGUGUGGAUCAAAUGAAAAAGGAAGUUGGCAGAAUAAGUACAGUUGAGCUGCAGAAAAUGGUGGCUAGAGUGUUCUAUUACCUUUGUGUCAUCGCACUUCAGUAUGUGGCCCCUUUGGUUAUGCUGCUUCACAUGACACUGCUGUUGAAAACUUUAGGAAACUAUUCCUGGGGCAUUUAUCCAGAUUCUAAUUCAGAUUCUCUAGUGGAGAACAGCCCACUGAGCAAUUCAGUAAACUCUGAACCUUCAUCUGAUGAUGGAAAGAUGCAGCUAACUGUACUAGAACUAACAAUGGCACUGGGUAACCUGAAGAACAUUUUCACUCCACUCUUGUUCCGAGGACUCUUGUCCUUUCUUACCUGGUGGAUUGCUGCUUGUCUCUUUUCUACAAGUCUUUUUGGGCUGUUCUAUCAUCAGUACCUGACAAUGGCAUGACCCAAUGAAGGCUUAAAGACAGACAUUUAGAAACCUGUGUGCCCCAAAGGGGGCAGAAGGAAAUGAAAGGAAAUACAGCAAAAGAAAACAUAUCAAAGUUUUUUCUUUAAAUACUUCCUUGGAGUUCUCUGGCAAAUGUUUGAAAUCACAAAGGAGUUUUAGAACUGGUUACCUUAAUUGGUGUUGGUGAGUUGUUUUGAAAUACGUCCAAGGACUUUUUGUUUUCAUUAGCUCCAUGUUGCCCAAAAAACAAUUGUGUACUGGCUGACCUUAGUGGUAUUAAGGUACUAGGGUGGUAAUAAUGGCAACAGCUUAGAAAAUGAACUUGCAACUGAGCCAUACAAAGUACUGAGGAAAAUCAUCCUGUUGGAAGAAAAACUGUGGCUUACUGUUUUCCUUAAGAGCAAAUGAAUCCAACAGGACAACACAAAUACUGUAUAUUACAGUAAAGAAAGCUGUGUGGAAUAGAGAUGUUUGUAAAUUAAAAUGCAUGGACUCAGCAGGUAUUCAUGCCAAAGGACUUAUUUACGUGUUACAGUUAAGGGUAUCCAAGUGCAAUAUUGUGUCACUUGAUAUGGAUGAACGUUCAGGGGUGCAUAGUUACUGUAAAUUAAGAACUCUCUCCCCAUUUGAGCACACAUACUUGAAACAAAUCCUUCACAUGUUAGGGUAUCAUAAAGUACUAAGGUCUGAAAAUUUUAUGAUAAUUUAUUGGUGUACCACUCACUCCUGCGCAUUCAUACAUUAAAGUAUACAAUAUGCUGUGGCUUCCUUUUCCAGAGGCAUUAUAUCCCUUAAUGUAAUGUGUCUGAAAGUCCUAAGAGAAGAAUUUUCAUAUUGUAAGAAUAAUAUUAUAAAAUCUAUUGUUUCAGUCUUAACAGUCUUUUUAAAGAUAAUAAAUGGCUAUAUGAA